CCACAAUGCGUGUUCCCAUCAGAUCCUCCUUGAGGAGUCGCGAUUCCUCCUCGACGUCCACCGACGUGAACCCCAGAGAACGUAUAAAGGACUGUUGUCGGAAAUUGGUCGCCUUCAUGUGCACCCAGGUGGGUGUUGGCGGCCUCGUGGUGAGCUACGCGAUAAUAGGCGCGUUCGGGUUCAUGGUGAUAGAGACCCAAGCCCCCGUAUCACCCACUGUCUGCAUCAGAGAGGCCAUUAGGAGGCAAUACGCGGAUGAACUAUGGUUCAGCACCGCUAGUAAUCAAACUGUGAACGUGUUCAACAAGACGACGUUCCACGUGCUGUCGAACCGGAUCCUAAGACGCUACCAGGACAACUUCAUCAGCAAUUACAAGAAGGAGAACUGCAGUGGUUUAACUGCGACUGAUCUCUGGUCCUUUCCAGCAGCGAUGAUGUUCUGUCUCUCUGUGUUCACUAUGAUUGGGUACGGUACUCUGGUGCCCCAGACACCAUGGGGAAAGGGUGUCACUGUUAUCUACGCAGUCAUGGGAAUUCCUCUGUAUGUAUUAUACUUUCUCAACAUGGGCAAAGUCUUGGCGCAGACCUUUCGCUGGCUGUACACAUGGUUGCAUCAGUGCACCGGGAGGAAGAAGCUUGGACAGAGGAUCACUGUGCCUUCCACAGCCUGUCUUUGGGUCAUUUUUGGAUACGUCAUAGGUGGGUCGAUUAUGUUCGCUGAGUGGGAAGGAUGGGAUUAUUUGGAUAGUACUUAUUUUUGUGUGACGUCACUGUGUAAGAUUGGAAUGGGGGAUCUUGUGCCCGGGUGGACGCAUGGAGAUUUAACUACUGACAGCCAGACGAAGUUGAUCAUUAAUUUUGUUUAUCUGCUCCUUGGCAUGGGGCUCAUCGCUAUGUGCUAUGAUCUGAUGAAGGAAGAUGUGUAUGUGAAAGCUAGAGAACUUAAGGAACAGUUCGUUCAGAUCGUGGAUAUUGUUCAUUAUCAGAUAGAAACGUGUUGUGGAUCGAAGAUGCCAGACUAAAGGAAGUAAUUGAUACUCAGAUUCUUUAUUAUAAUUUAUUUAUAAUUUAUUUUCAUUAAUUUCUUACGGUUUCUUAAAUUUAAGGAAUGGACAUACUGCGAAGGCAAUAAAGUUCUGGUGUUUUCUGUUUAUUUAGAUUUGGAUAAAAACUAAACUGUAGAUUAAAAUAUAUCUCAAUCGAUAUUAAAAUCAUUUUUGUUUAUUUGGAUAUAUUUAAAUUUGUGUUUUGGAGUUUGUUUAACUACUAUUGAAAAGUGACUGUUAAAUUAAGUAUUAAAUUAACUGUUUAAAAAUGGGA